AGACAAACUUCCUCUUUUUGACAUUAGAGCAGCUAUUUCGACUUCACAGCUUGGAAUACGAGAGAAAGCAUCUCUCUCUGUUUUCAUUUACACAGGAAAUACAGAGGUUUUAUUCACUUUGAAUCACAGACUGAGAUGUUAAUGUUGUUUCGACUCUGUGUGUAUAUGUUGUUGUUUUUUAUCAGUUUCUCAGAGGCAGUGAUAUCCUGUUUAAAUGAGGAUGGCCAGCCUGUUGACUGGUUCAUUAUUUACAAACUUCCUAUUUACAAGAUGGAAGUUAAGGGAAGUGGAGUGGAUUACAUGUAUCUGGAUCCAUCCGUCAUGGAUUUUCAGAUGAGUAAACAUACAGUCAACAGCAGUAAAGGAGCUUUAGGCAGAACACUGACACAGCUUUACUCCAGAUAUACAUCUAACGGCUCAGCCUAUAUGCUUUACAAUGACGCUCCACCAGAACUGAAGUACCCAAGCAAGUAUGGACAUACAAAAGGCGUACUGAUGUUUGACCACUCUCAGGGAUUUUGGCUCACACACAGUGUUCCUCAUUUCCCUCCAUUUCCAGAGAGAAAUUACAGUUACCCAUUUACAGGAAAAUACUACGGCCAGACUCUGCUCUGUAUUACAUACAACUAUACACAGUUCCCUCAAAUAUCAUGGCAGUUAGCAUAUCUUAAUCCACGUAUGUAUAACUGCUCUGUCCCUGUGGCAUUUCGCCCAGACAUUACAGUCAUGGCACAAAUUUGUGAUGGUAAGACACCUGCCAUUAAAAACAGAAGAAGUCUGCAGAAGCUGAAAUCAGUUCGAGGACAAACUUUUUUCAGUUUUGCCAAAUCACACAACUAUGUGGAUGAUAUUUACACCGGCUGGGUGGCUCAAGCAUUGGGGACAGAUCUGCUGGUGGAGUCAUGGCUGCACCAGGCACAUCGGCUCCCCUCGAACUGCUCACUUCCCCGGCACGUGAUGAACAUUGACAGAGUUCGUCUCCCAGGACCGCAGAUGUUCAGAAGCUAUGAGGAUCAUUCAAAGUGGUGUGUGUCUUAUGCAUUCAAAGACCAGUGGGCAUGUCUGGGGGACUUGAACAGAGACAGUGGCCAGGCUGGCAGAGGUGGUGGGCUGAUAUGUUCUCAAAGCUCAGUCAUUUAUAAAGCUUUCCGUCAGGCCAUGGCUGGGUAUAAACACUGCUGAACUAGCUCCAGACUUUGGAGCAUACAUUUACCACUGUUGAAAACCCUGGUUUUAGCCUAAACCCAAAUGCAAAUAUAAAAGUUGAUAAAAAAUAACAACAACAAACACACACACACACACACACACACACACACACACACACACACACACACACACACAAGUAAAUUUAACUAGGCUGAUGAUUGUGGUGGUCAUCCAAACUAUCAACAAAAGAAACCAAGUUUUUAAACCAAGUUUUAACAUUGUUUUAUUUUGUUUUGAACCUUUGAGACAUGUCAUUCCAAACCUGUAUAUGUUAAAAUGUUCUGCAUAACACAAAAGAAAAUACUUUGAAUAAUGUUGGCAACCAAACAGGUUUUCCUUUUUCUUUUCUUUUAUUCUACUUCUUAUUUUUUUUUUUAUUUUUUUUAUUUUUUUGAUCAUUGACUUCCAUUGUAGGCAACACUGUAAAGAAAUAUCUUUGAAAUUGUAAAUAAAACAAAGAUCACUGGAGUGGUGUUUAUUAAAUAAACACAUUUAUUUUCAGUUUUUGCACGUUAAAUCACGUUUAAUUCAAUUUGUUGUUUGCCAUUUCUUUGUAGUUACUUGUGAAAUUAGUGAAAUAAAAAAGAUUAAUUAAAUAAA